AUUGUUGUAGGAUUACGAAAAUCGGUGAAAAGCUGGAGUGGUUCUAGUCGAGCUAGCAGUAGUGGUUCUCAAGCUGAAUGUUCUUUCGGCCUAAGUUGGCCGAAUCUCUCAACUUCAUCGGUGUACUUUCAAAAUUAUUACCAUCAACUCUAUAAAACCCUCGCCUCCACCCCUUGCCUCCUCUCGUCUGCCUUUAAUUAUCACACUGACUUUCGGAGAGAAAGUUGCAUAGAGUUCAUUAUAGUUGACUCAAGAAAUUAAAUUAGCUCACGUACUUGCCCUACAAUCUAACAAAUCGAUCAUUCUUCUUAAUACAUUUACAUAUCACCAAACCUCCUCUUCUUGUAUAGAUCAUCGCUACUUCACUAGAAGAACAAGGUGUAGGACAGCCAAGAAAACUAACAAAAGAACCAAGUAGAGGAUAAUCGAUGCCCGUUGGUUCCUUCUUCAUCUCACUGAAUAUUCACUACGCUUGUAGCACUUCGUUACGAGAUACUAAAGAAGCUACAGAUUCUGCGGCAAGCA